CUACAUCUUUAUGCCUUUAUUUUGAAAGAUGUCCUCUAACCGGAAGUUAGGUCUUGUGAAGCUACGCGGUUCGUUUUGGGACAGAACUGGUCAACUUUGACCGUAAAGAACCUUUAACCUAUCAGGGACUUUGAACGGGUCCCACGUAACUUCGGGAAGAGGACAACAAACAGUUUAGCUGGCGAGGAAACGCAGAAUAACUUCAGCUGGACCAAAGUACGGAGCUAAGCUCAGCUAGCCGGAGCUAACCGGUUAAUGGCUUUAAUGCGAAGCUGCUGACCAAACGGAACCGAACCAGAGCCGACCCAGGUUCAGGUUUGGACGAUUUAAACUGGAUCAGAGAGCUGAUGGCCCGCUGCUGACGUCAGUAGAUAAACUCACCUGGACAGGAUGCUCCAGGGCCUUCUGAGCAACCCGGACCGGGACCGGCCUCUGGUCCGGGUUCCCUUCACCAUCUUUGCCGUGGCAACGGUUCUGCUCCCGCUGAUGGGCCUCCUGGUCUGCCUGGUGACCUCCAUGCUGUACCACUACGAGGACGCCACCUACACCCACUGCCAGGUGUCCAACUACCUGCCUUCCAUCAGCUCCGCCAUCAGCCGGGCCCCGGAGCUCUACAUCUGGCGCAGCUGCAUCGGCCUCCACUCGGCGCCGCGCUACCUGGUGGCCGUGGCCUACUUUAACUUCUACCGCUGCCGCUUCGCCGCCAGGCUGCCGGAGCUGCUGCUGAGCGGCCUGGUUCUGAUCUGCAGCGUGGCGGAGAACACGGGCCUGGUUCUGCUGACCUACGUGGCGUCCACCGAAGCCUACAAGGUCCAUAAGUACGGCUUCAUCGUCUUCAUAGCGUGCUCGCUGCUCCACAUGCUCAUCACCUGCUGGCUGUGGUACGUCAUCAAGAGGCAGUACGUCAGCCCAGAGGAGAAGACGUCCUUCCUGUGGAAGACCCGCCUCUUCCUGUUCAACGUCAGCUGCUGCGCCUUCGCCGCCUACUUCUUCAGACGCCACAACAAAUACUGUGAGGAGGGAGUCUACACCCUGUUCGCCUUCUUCGAGUACAUGGUGGUCUUCUCCAACAUGGCCUUCCACAUGACGGCCUUCUGGGACUUCGGCAGCACUCAGGUGAUGGUGGCCACGCUGCCGGAGGAGAAACGCUUCUGACCCGGACAUGAGAAUGGAUUCUGAGGGAUCACAAUGAGGUUCUGAUGCAGAACCCGAUUCACAGCUCCACCAACAGUUAACUUAACAGGAACUAGAAAUUAGGAGGGAAACGGUUCUGGUUCGCUGACGGGGUCCGGACAGACAAACAGUUUUAACAGAUCAGGGACAGAACCAUCGGACCGGAACAAGGGACCAAACCGUUGCCCAAUGGAUCCCACAGAACCAUGGAUCUUUUCCCCUGCAGGAUUGAAACCUUCAGGAGGUUCUGUUUGAAAUCUUUUCCAUAGCAGGAGUGGAAAGAAUAAAGCUUCCUGUUCGGAUCAGUCUGGUUCUGUUCCCAGAAAAGAAAAGGUUCUGCCACAUGAGACGGAACUGGUUUCUCCUGGCUUCCAGCAGAACCUCGGUUCAGAACAUCUUUUUAUUUAUUCUUAGAAUUUAAUAAAUUUUU